AUGAAGUUCAAAUUUAAGGUGUUUAUUUUACUGCUGUUUCUCACCGGGGUUAGUCUGUUCAUAAGAACCCACUUCAACUUAACUGUCUGGGUCCACUCUCAACAACAAAGCCCAUGUGCUUGUGAGAAGUGUUUAUCAGAAGAUAAGCUGAUGCUCCUGCACCGUUUCACCAGUUCUGUGGACCCAUUUUUGUCUGUGAACUACAACCUGUCAGAGGAUGCCUUCAACUGGUGGAAGCGCUUACAGAAUGAAAGGCGCAGCUUCAGCACCUAUAAAACAACAGUAGAGAGGCUGUUUCAGAUGUUCCCACCAACUCCAGAUCUAACAGAACCCAGCCCUGACCGCUGCAGGACUUGUGCUGUGGUGGGAAAUUCUGUUAAUUUACAGCGAUCACACUACGGACCUCUGAUAGAUUUCCAUGAUGUCGUCAUAAGAAUGAACUCUGGUCGUAUCAACGGCUAUGAGGAAGAUGUUGGGACCAGAACAACUCAUCGUGUCAUGUAUCCAGAGAGUGCCGUGGAUUUAGACAACACCACUCAUCUUGUGCUAUUUCCAUUUAAGAUACUGGAUCUUGAGUGGCUCAUCAUGGCCUUCACAACAGGAUUUACUGGAAAAUCAUAUGCGGCAGUAAAAUCCAAGGUUCAAGCUAACAAGGAUUUGGUAAUGGUGGUCAAUCCAGCCUUCAUGAGGUAUGUUCAUGACAUCUGGCUGGAUAAAAAGGGCGGGUAUCCAUCCACUGGCUUUAUGGCUUUGGUUCUUGCGCUGCACAUCUGUGAUCAGGUCCGUGUGUUUGGUUUUGGUGCAGACAGUGAUGGAAACUGGAGCCAUUACUGGGAGAAGCUUAAAAAUAAAAAGUUACGAACUGGACAGCAUCCUGGAAAGCAUGAGUAUGACAUUAUCCAGCAGUUGGCUGAGGAACAAAAAAUCCAUUUUUUUACUGGGCACUGAUCUUUUAUCAUUUAAAGUUAAAUAUACAAGUGAUUCUAUUGAGACUAUAGGAACUGAUUCAGUGGAAUGAACGAAUAUUACUGUCAAUCCUGUACAAAGAAGGGCACAUGUGCUAAGCUGCUGCGCUAAAAUUUUUCCAUGUGCUUUUAUUGUUUGUGUUGUUCCUCUCUAUUACAGAGAAAAAAAUACAAAUAUUUUCUUUUUAUUAUCUUCUUUAAUGCUUGUCCAGGUUGUUUUCUCCUGACUAGAUCUUUGCUUGUGUUGUAUCUACUCUCAGAUGUACGUUGCUUUGGAAAUCAGCGUCUGUAAAUGAAAUUAUAGAAUCAAUGUGUAAGUGAAAUUUUUUUUAAAACGGGAGGAGGUGGGGAUCAUGGUAGUGGUGAGCUGAAUUAUAACAAAAGGUGACUUGUAUGAUAACUAAAAACAAAGGCACUGUAUUUAACUUGUGUGAUAUGACCUCUGUGGAAAUGUUCUGUCUGCACAAAUAAAUGAAAACAAAAAUGG